UCUCAGGCGCUAUCGCCCUCGGCCUCGCCCUCCCUCGCUCACUGAUCAGUCGCACAUGCAACCAGAGAAGUGGUGAUUGGAAUUGGGGUAAAUUACAGUUCGAUUGCUCCGCGAUAGUUGUUCUUCCUUGAUCAGGCAAUUACAUUGAUGGCACCUAAGAGGCAGACUCGUUGGCCAUUUGGAUCCAUGUCACGUAGUAUAGAUUCACACCACGAUGAUUCACAAUCAGUUCCAUCCCAUCAUCCAAACCCAAACCCAGUCCCGCCACAUCUACAUCAUCCCGAAGAGGACUUGAUCCACUCACAAUCCAACCCCCAAAACUCACAUAGUCAGCAAGGUACAAGCUCUAUGUCAUCUACUGCCAAGAAAGGAAGAGGAAUAUCAAGACAAAUUUCAAAGUGGGGAAAGGAGAAGAUUCAUAUUGAAUUUGAUGCUGAAGGACAACCAGUUGGGGAGAUGGCAACUAAGUUGGAAACCCAACUAGGUGUGAUGGUAAGGAGUAUUGCUCCCCUUACAUUUACUGAUUGGAGAUCACCGGGGAUGGAACCAUAUAAGGAGCGCAUCUGGCAAGAGGUCUUGGUAAGUAAAUAACAUCUCUGAUUCUUAGUUAUCUGACUCUAAACUUUUAUACUCUAAUAAGGAUAU